AUGAUGUCUUAUCUUAAGCAACCACCUUAUGCAGUAAAUGGGCUGAGUCUUACCACCUCUGGAAUGGACUUGCUUCACCCCUCCGUAGGCUAUCCCGGUAAGAAUGCUUCUUGUCCUUUAGCAACCCCCAGAAAACAGAGGCGGGAGAGGACCACCUUCACUCGUGCUCAACUGGAUGUGCUGGAGGCACUGUUUGCCAAGACCCGCUAUCCAGACAUUUUCAUGCGAGAGGAAGUAGCCCUGAAGAUCAACCUUCCUGAGUCUAGAGUGCAGGUAUGGUUUAAAAAUCGAAGAGCCAAGUGCCGCCAACAGCAACAGCAACAGCAGAAUGGAGGUCAAAACAAAGUUCGACCUGCCAAAAAGAAGAGCUCUCCAGUCAGAGAAGUGAGCUCAGAGAGUGGAACCAGUGGCCAGUUCACUCCCCCCUCUAGUACCUCAGUCCCAGCCAUUUCCAGCAGCAGUGCCCCUGUGUCCAUCUGGAGUCCAGCUUCCAUCUCCCCACUCUCAGAUCCCCUGUCCACCUCCUCUUCCUGCAUGCAGAGAUCCUAUCCCAUGACCUACACCCAGGCCUCAGGUUAUAGUCAAGGAUAUGCUGGUUCAACCUCCUAUUUUGGGGGCAUGGACUGUGGAUCUUAUUUGACCCCUAUGCAUCACCAGCUUCCUGGACCAGGGGCCACCCUCAGUCCCAUGGGCACCAAUGCAGUCACCAGCCAUCUCAAUCAGUCCACAGCUUCUCUCACCACCCAGGGCUAUGGAGCUUCGAGCCUGGGUUUUAACUCAACUACUGAUUGCUUGGAUUAUAAGGACCAAACAGCCUCCUGGAAGCUAAACUUCAAUGCUGACUGCUUGGAUUAUAAAGAUCAGACAUCCUCGUGGAAAUUCCAGGUUUUGUGA